AUGGAAAUAAGUGGCUUCCUCUACGAUAAUUUACCUUAACCUUAAGAAAAUCACGAAUAGAUUUCAGAAGAUUGUCAUCUAUACAGAACUAAAUCGAAAUACAUUAAAUCUAUAUUCAGAAUUUAAAGUCCAGACCCAUCAAUUCAGGAAGACUGUUUCUCUAAUGGAAACGAUUAAUCAUUUGAAAUUGGUUAGGGGGAAUUUCAAUAUGUUAGUGAAGAAAAGAAUUCAAAUAAAAAAGAAUAAUUCAAAGGAUUUACCAAGAGAGCUCAAAAGACCAAGAAACUUGAAAAGAAGAGAAAAUUGAAAAAUGGACCUCUAUCAGAAACAGAAUUUAUAGACAUUAUGAAAAAGUUAGAACAAUGUCAGUAGGUGAUGAAUAUGAUAGACAAUAUGGUCACCAUAUUGAAUCAAUUUAAAGGAUCAGUCCAACAAUAGACAACCCAAAGUUGA